CAGGAGGAAGAAGAAGCCCAACAAGCUCGCUCUCGCCCGCCCAUGGAAGCGCCGCUCCUGAUGCUUCCUCCCCUGCAUUUAUACUCCCCAGGCGCGCUCAAAACUCCCGACAUGACCUCUGCCACCACCGCCCAUCAUCGAAGCAACUCCACCGUCGUAUCGCCGAAUCUCUCAGCAGAAGAGCUGAUACAACAUGUCGAGGGCUCUCCGGGACGCGGUCGCCAGAAGACGCGUGUGCCAGUGGUGGAUCACGUGAGGCCUGCGCCCAAGGACCCGAUCGCCAGCGUCGGCGAGGCCUUCCAAGCCGAUGCGAGCCCGAACAAGAUCAACCUCGGAGUGGGAGCUUACAGGGAUGAAGAAGGCAAGCCCGUCGUGCUUCGGUGCGUGAGGAAUGCGGAGGCUAAAGUUGCGGGUAGCGAAUUCCUGGAGUCAAUUUCUACUUUGGCUAAUUCCAGACUGGUUGAGGAGAGCAUAAAAUUGGUCUAUGGAAAAGAUACAGAUGUCAUAGGAGAAGGAAGAUUAGCUGGCAUUCAAACUCUCUCGGGAACUGGUGCUUGUCGCCUCUUUGCAGAGUUCCAAAGGCGCUUCUAUCCAAGAUCAAAAGUUUAUUUUCCUGAUCCAACUUGGUCGAACCACCAUAGCAUUUGGAAGGAUGCUGAAGUUCCUCAGGGCACCUUCUCUUACUACAACCCUAAGUCGAAGGGCCUGAAUUUUCCAGCACUCAUAGAUGAUAUCAAGAAUGCCCCAGAAAGUUCCUUUUUCUUAUUCCAUCCUUGCGCUCAUAAUCCAACCGGCGUUGAUCCAACUGAGGAAGAGUGGAGAGAAAUAUCAUAUCACUUAAAGGUGAAGAAUCAUUUCCCAUUCUUUGACAUGGCUUAUCAAGGUUUUUCAAGUGGCGAUCUAGACAGGGAUGCACGAGCAAUCCGUACUUUUCUUCAAGAUGGACAUUUAAUUGGUUGUGCUCAAUCCUUUGCGAAGAACAUGGGACUUUAUGGACAUCGAGUUGGUUGUCUCAGCAUUCUUUGCACCGACACAAUGCAAGCACUUGCAGUAAAAAGCCAACUGCAGCAGAUUGCACGGGCAAUGUACGGGAGCCCUCCUAUUCAUGGUGUAUUGCUGGUCUCAACAAUCUUAGGAGAUCCAGACACUAAGGCACUUUGGGUCGAGGAGUUGAGGGCAAUGGUAAAUCGCAUUUGUAAAAUGCGGGAAGCUCUACAGGAAAGCCUCGAGAAAUUGGGAUCUCCUCUCAAUUGGGAACAUAUAACGAACCAGGUUGGCAUGUUUUGCUUUUCUGGCUUAACUCCUCAACAGAUAGAGCAGCUACAGAGGGAGUACCACAUAUACAUGACUGCUGAUGGCCGCAUCAGCAUGGCAGGAGUUACAAUGAGCAACAUGGACUAUUUGGCAAAUGCAAUACACGAAGUCACCAAAUCUGGCCAAGAAUCUUAGGUUUUUAUCAGGCAUCAGGCUUUUAGCUGCUUGUCCUUGCUACUGCCUGAUGUUGUUGGACAUCAUAGUUUUCUUCAAUGCACAUUGUUGUAGAAUUUUAUAGGAAUUCUACUAUGUAGCAUGCUGUACUUAAGAUGUACAGUGGCACUUCUCGGUGCUUUAUUUGUGUAUAGGCUCGUAUGAUAUGAACCUGUAAGCUGUAAUCAUCUUUCUAUGGACAGUAUCAUUGAUUGUGAUCAA